AUGCCAAACCAGCUACGACCCGUCUCCCCGGUCGCUCUCGAAACAUGCUCCCCUCCACCUGCCGACUUAGACCAGGAUCCGUAUGAGCUACUAGGCUCCGAUGAUGAACUUGACGAUUUGGCCCGUGCUGCGAAGCGCCAGCGUAUCGAGAGGCUAGCAGAGGCGUAUCUUCGGGGUCGGCCUUUGUUUAUCGCCUCCGCGGCGCUGCGUGGGCCGUUCGAUGAGGGGUGGAAGAAUCCGUGGAAGAAGAAGAGGAAGGUCCUUACGAAGUCCGACACAAAGCUGAGCGUUACAGACUCUGGGGUGCGGAAUAGAACCCCUGGGACGAUUGUUCAAGACACCGAUAUACGGAACAAGAGAUAUAAAAAGGAUGUGGCGGUUCCCUCUCGUCCUACUGUUUCGGCGUCUCCAUUCGUCCCCGCUUCGCCCUCGACAAGUUCUGUUGGCAACCGAGCUUCUCUUCCUCCCAAAUCAGGACAGAAGAGGCCGUCCGGUACUGCUUGCGCGGAGGAGAGUAGCCGAGCUUCUCCCCGGUUACCCAAGAGACCGAAAGAACAGCCCCGUUUGGAAGACGAUGCCACAUUUGCUGGGCCUGGAUCAACAGCUUGGCUGAAGAAGGACAGACGUCGAAUGAACUUCAAAUCGUUCGAACCGCCUAGUUCUCCAACGCCGAAGAGUGAUCAUAGCGGGUGGGAGAUUGGGCCUCGUGCCCGUGAACCGCGCUCUGUGGCUCCGGUAUCGUCUCAUACAUCUUCAAACUUAGCUACGCCCCCAAAAGCCACGCUUUCUGAGCGGCUGCGUCAAAUAACAGCAGCCAAAUCUUCUCCACCAGGUAAUCGAUCGCCAGCGCAAGCUCCGAACCUGAGCCCUACCAUUGCUAUUCCCUCGCCGACUAGAACGAUUUCUCCGGGUGGUGAGAAACGCAACUCAUUUCGUGUCGUAUCUUCGACUUCGCAGCUUUCGCGCUUCGAGUAUAGGCUACGUGUACCUGUCCCGGGAACGCGGUCUGAGUCCAAGUCACCGGCUGCAGAAAAGAUUGCUGCAAAGCCAUCUAUCCUAGCCGAUGAGGACCAUAAUAACGUUACACUGGAGCCUAUAGAGGCAGUAGAGCCUGUUCUUCAAGCAGAGUCGAAGACGACUGGCCCUGGGCCGAGUGAGCCUGAGAGAGCUAGCCGGGAAAUAGGCCGAGCGGUACAAUUAUCGAAGAGCCUGCGAUUCGCCAAUGAUACAGAGGGGACGACCUUUACGAGUACAUAUUUUCCAACUGCAACAGAACAAAAUACCUACGACGAGCUUCCUUCUGCGCAGCAAGUGCCGCUUCCACCAGGCUUGUCAGACCGCGUGCCAUCUCUUCACUCGACAAUCUUGCCUAAGGAGAACUCAAAAAUCCACGAACAAACCAGUCCAGAUACGCAAUUAUCUACACAAGCUGCUCUGCUGCAUGCACAGAAAUCUUUCCAGGAUGACUUGGAGAGCCCCGCUCAAUACGGCAUCACAACAGCCCAGCAGCGCGCAAUGGCCAACUUUGGUGACGAGUCCCUCCUGGCACAAGAAACUCCUCUCUUUAGGCCCGAUACAACGGAAAGAGCAUUACCUCACAGUUUCAGAGUGCCUGAGAGCAGACAAUCCGAGAAGAGCAAGAUGCAGGCCAUGAGCACACAGUGCAUGAUCGAUGCCGCUACUCCCUUUACUUUCAGCACAGAGAAAAGACCAAGAGCGUUUCGCUCGAUCUCAACGCGCAAGACCAGUCCUAUUAAGUCACGACCCAUCCAUACAGCCGAAGCUCCUUCUCCCAUCGUUUCAUCUCCAAUCUCGGUUUUUGACCCAGAUUCGUACAUAGCUCAGCCUCAAGUUGGAAGCUCGCAUCCUCCAUCUCCACGUUCCCCACCACCUGAUCAUACAUUUGUCCAUCCAUCCACUACCGAAGGCACUUCACUCCCCUUUGUUCUGAGUGGAUCUACACCUACCAAUGCGCAGGAUGGGCAAGGAGGGCUCCGAACCGCGGAUAGUUUCAAUCUCAGUCAGGCCAUCGCUGAUGCUGGCAGCUGGCUACAGCAAAGCUUUACCUGA